UGCUUCCGCUGCGACGGCGAUGACCGCGUCGAUCAUGAUCCUCGUCCUCGUGCCUGCAGCCUCCCCGGAUAAGAUACUCAUAGGUGCCAUUUUCGAGCAAGGCACCGACGAGGUCCAGUCGGCAUUCAAGUUUGCGAUGCUCAACCACAACCAAAACGGGACUGGUCGUCGAUUCGAGCUACUCGCCUUCGUCGACGUCAUCAACACUGCUGACGCCUUCAAGCUCUCCCGCCUGAUUUGCACCCAGUUCAACAGAGGCGUCUACUCCAUGCUGGGAGCCGUCAGCCCGGACUCCUUCGACACCCUCCACUCUUACAGCAACACCUUCCAGAUGCCGUUCGUCACGCCGUGGUUUCCGGAGAAGGUACUGACGCCGUCUUCGGGGUUCCUGGACUUCGCCAUAAGCAUGCGGCCAGAUUACCAUCGGGCGAUCAUCGAUACCGUCCGGUAUUACGGCUGGAAGAAAAUCAUCUACCUCUACGACUCCCACGACGGACUCCUGAGACUGCAGCAGAUAUAUCAGAGCUUGCGGCCAGGAAACGAGUCCUUCCAGGUGGAGACGGUGAAGAGGAUACAGAACAUGUCGGAGGCAAUCGACUUCCUAAAAAGCCUGGAGGACCUCAAUCGGUGGACGAACAAAUACGUCGUCCUGGACUGCCCGACGGACAUGGCGAAGGACAUCGUCGUGAGCCACGUCAGGGACGUGGCACUAGGCAAAAGGACGUACCACUACCUCCUCAGCGGACUGAUAAUGGACGACCGCUGGGAGAGCGAGGUGAUCGAGUACGGUGCCAUCAACAUCACAGGGUUUCGCAUUGUGGACGCCACUCGACGCCACGUCAAGGACUUCCUCGACGGCUGGCGUCGCCUCGACCCCGCGAAGUGGCAAGGCGCAGGUCGCGAAUCCAUUUCCGCUCAGGCGGCGCUCAUGUACGACGCGGUCUUCGUCCUGGUGGAGGCGUUCAAUAAGUACCUCAGGAAGAAGCCAGACCGCAGCAACGUGAGACGAACGGGAGUUCCCGGGGGGAACCAGCCAGGAAAUGCAUCUCGUACCCUGGACUGCAACACCAGCCAAGGAUUGGUGACCCCCUGGGACCAGGGCGACAAAGUUCUGAAAAUCCUGCGGAAGGUGGAGAUCGAAGGACUCACUGGGGAGAUUCGCUUCAAGGAUGAUGGUCGACGACAGAAUUACACUCUUCAUGUCGUCGAGAUGACGGUCAACAGUGCCAUGGUGAAGGUCGCAGAGUGGACCGACGAGGGUGGGUUCCAGGCAAUAGCAGCGAAGUACGUGAGGCUGCGACCCCCUUCGGAGAUAGAGAAGAACAGGACUUACGUGGUGACCACCAUUGUUGAGGAGCCGUACAUCAUGAUGCGGAAGCCGGAUGUCGGGGAAACGCUGACCGGGAACGACCGCUUCGAGGGGUACUGCAAGGAUUUGGCGGAGCUGAUCGCCAAGAAGCUGGGCAUCAACUACGAAUUGCGGAUCGUGCGAGACGGGAAGUACGGUACCGAAAACCCGGACGUUCCUGGCGGCUGGGACGGGAUGGUCGGCGAACUCAUUAGGAAGGAAGCCGACAUCGCGAUCGCUCCCAUCACCAUCACCUCGGAGCGCGAACGAGUGAUUGACUUCAGCAAGCCCUUCAUGUCCCUUGGGAUCAGCAUCAUGAUAAAGAAGCCGGUUAAACAGAAACCGGGAGUCUUCAGCUUCCUGAAUCCUCUCAGCAAGGAGAUCUGGGUGUGCGUCAUCUUCUCCUACAUCGGCGUCUCCAUCGUCCUCUUCAUCGUCUCCAGAUUCUCGCCUUACGAGUGGAGGGUCCUGCAGAUCAGUGGAUCGGCGGAUCCCUCCAUGGGGAGCAGGGGGGAUCCUGGGAUGCAGCAUCCCCAUGGACCACAGGGAUCCCCCCAGACCCCUCAUUCCAGCAUGGCGAACGAUUUCAGCAUCUUGAACAGUCUAUGGUUCUCCUUGGGAGCUUUUAUGCAACAGGGGUGUGACAUCUCUCCUCGGUCGAUUUCCGGUAGAAUAGUCGGCAGCGUUUGGUGGUUCUUCACCCUGAUUUUAAUUUCCUCGUACACUGCCAAUUUGGCAGCGUUCCUCACCGUCGAGCGAAUGGUGACGCCGAUCAACUCGCCGGAAGAUUUGGCAGCGCAGACGGAAGUGCAGUACGGCACGCUAUACCACGGAUCGACGUGGGACUUCUUCAGGAGGUCGCAGAUAUCGCUUUACAGCAAAAUGUGGGAAUUCAUGAACUCAAGGAAACACGUUUUCGUGCGCACCUACGACGAAGGCAUCCGAAGGGUGAGGACGAGUAAAGGGAAGUACGCCCUGCUGAUCGAGAGUCCAAAAAACGAUUAUAUCAACGAAAGGGAACCAUGUGACACCAUGAGAGUGGGUUCGAAUUUGGACUCGAAGGGCUUUGGGGUUGCCACCCCCCUGGGCUCGCCCCUGAGGGAUGGGAUCAACCUGGCGGUGCUGUCUCUUAAGGAAAAUGGAGAACUGGCGAAAUUGGUUAAUCGAUGGUGGUUCGAUCGGACGGAGUGUAAGCAUCGAGACAAGCAAGACGCCUCCAGGAACGAGUUAUCGCUCAGCAACGUUGCUGGGAUAUUUUACAUCCUGAUCGGUGGCCUUCUGCUCGCCCUGGCAGUAGCACUUCUCGAAUUUUGCUACAAAUCGCACACGGAAGCGACCAGGGCGAAGAUUCCGUUGUCGGAUGCCAUGAAGGCGAAAGCCCGACUAACGAUCGGUGGUGGUCGAGAUUUCGACAACGGACGGUGGUACGGACUGCAGAGUUAGACGGAGGAUGCAUGCGCCUCUCCCGGGACCAUAUUACUACGCUCCAGC